AUGGCCAAAACCCUAAUCCCAAAUAUUUUUCUUGUGCUUGUAGUUUUGAUCUCCCUGGGCACGAAUGCCCUAAGUGACAAAGGAGUCGCAAGGUUUCCUCUAUACCAUAGAGAAAAGUUCAUGGCAUCACAUUUCAAGGACCAUCACUCCCUCGUCAAAGCUCGAUUGGCCCGGGAUAGGGCACGCUUCAAACUCCUUCAUCAACGUCAUCUCCAGCACUCGAAUUCUGCUCCAUUUCUACGCCCAAACGUCGAUUUCAAUGAGACCAACGUGUUCGAGGAAGGCGGGGAGUAUGUGACCGUUUUGAAAGUGGGAAAUCCACCACAAAAAGUGCAACUUCUUGUAGACAUGGGCACACCCUUCACAUGGUGGCAGUGCCAACCAGGGUGCACCCAAUGCUACUCAACACCACACCAUAUUUUUGAUACGAGCAUGUCAUCCACGUACACUCAGACUGAUUGCUCUAAUGGAUCAUGUGAUGUACAGCAGCUCUACAUACAAGGUUGUGUUCGUCGUGGUGAGCAUCAGUGUCGUUUCAGCGUUCAUUAUGUAGAUCGAUCUGUCUCCGAAGGUAUCAUGGCCACAGAUACCAUAUCUACCGAUGAGGGUGUGCAUCUCAGUAACAAUUUCUCUUUCGGAUGUGGAAGUCGUAUUACAGGUAUAGACAUGUUCAAUGAGGCCGCGACUGGAAUCAUAGGCUUCGUACCGGGUGGAUAUUCAUUUCCGACUCAACUCCAAGCUAACAAUUUUACCUUCUUUCUGCCUUAUUACAAUACAACCGACGGUGGAACGUUGGACUUGAAUUAUUACGACGAAUUCCGGUUUCGACAUUCGAGUACAGCAAUUCUGGACAUCAGAAUGGACCGUUAUUAUUUGUUGUUCAGUGGGAUAGAAAUGAACGAGGUAGCAAUUCCAAUUCCUCCUGAAUUCUGGGAAUUUGAUUCCGAUGGUGUUGGGGGUGUGACUAUUGACACAGGGACUACAAUCACCAAGUUUCCCGAGAAGGCCUAUGACAUAUUCAAGGACUACUUCAUCCGCAAGGCUCAGGGUUUGCCCCGAGCGCCCGGCGAAGAUCAGUUAGACACUUGUUUUUAUGUGAAAGGUCUCUACGAGUGGACUGACCUCGUUCCCAAGGUUAAAUUUUUGUUUAAGGUGAGGAAUCCGCCGUUGAAGUUGGACGUUCGUCAGGUUGUCAUGGCUGUGAGCCACGACAAGUACUGCCUUGCAUUUGCCGCCGGUGGAAGAACCUCAAUAAUUGGAAGCUGGCAGCUUCAGGGGUCUUAUAUUGGAUUUAAGCUUCCUAGUCAUGUUCUAGGAAUUCAACCUAGAAGUUCUUACUAA